AUGCCAGCUUCUCUAAGGAAACUGCAGCAAAUGGCUGUGUUCAUGGGGCUGUUCAGCGGCGGGGGAUGCAUCGUGAUGUACAACCUUAUGCAAAAAAGUUUUGCCAGGACCCAGUAUUACCAGCAGGCUCUGGAGCAACUGCAGAGCAGCCCUGAUGCCCUGGAAGCCUUGGGUGCCCCCCCACUCAAGGUUCACAACAUCCAUCUGACGGAUGGGAGCAAUCGCGUGGACACAGAGAGAGCACAGAUAAAACUGCCAGUGUCUGGAGCAAAAUCAGCAGGAUAUCUCUACAUUAACUCUGAGAUGGAUCAUUCCCAUCAACGCUGGUGCCUUCAGGAUGUCACCUUGAAGUUGCAGGAUGGUCAGAGUAUUCCCGUUUACCACUGCCCAGCGGAAAGCACUGGUGUGCAAGAAGGCUAAAAACCAAAGGCAGCUGCGCCUCCACCUCCCGCUGAGCCGAGGGAGCCAUUAAUCGAUCGCAUCCUGCUGUGUCCCCGAAUCCACAAGGCUCUCACAAGUGGCGGUUUCGCUGCA